GAAUUCGGAAAAAUUGAUAUAAAGCCAAGAAGCCUGCCCUUUCAGAAACCUCUGUGUAUAUAUAAGGGUGGUCAUCAGCUCCAGAGACACAGAUGAUCUCUGCUACAAACCAAAGAACACUUCAGCACAUAUCUUAGGAAUAUAGAACAGGCAGCCGUAGCUGAAGAGAGGAGUUACUGUAAAUGAGUUUGCAAUAACAGGAGCAUUGCUGUCACAUCAGAUAAAAAGGACCUAAAAAAACCAACCUGCUCUGCAAAACACAAGAAAAUAUCACUUCUUUCAGUCUAAUAAAGAUGGAAUUUCUCCUACAAAACAGGAAAUGUGUUGAUGUUGGAACAGAUGUGCUUGAUAUUCUGGCUCGUAAAGCUGCUGAGCUGCAUCCUGCACUGAAGCUUUUAACAUUCAUUUCAAGACAAAUCCUUGACUGCCCGGAAAGCACCGAAGCCCAGUACUUCAUAGGGCAGCUGAGCAAGCUGAAUGAAAAAAUAGGAAGCAUUCAAACUGAUUUCAAAGACCUUCAGAGUGAAAUAGAAAAAAGUUUUAUGAAUCAGCAAUAUUACAACGACGAAAUUACAAUUUUACACCACUACGAUCUAUUUUUGAAAUUAAUGAAGACCUACACCGCUGAUAAAAAAGACGAAUCUGACAAGAUCCACUUCUUCGACCAAGUGGAUGGCACGGAUGUGACGAUCAUGGAGCUGUACGAAGGCGUGAUGGGCAGCAACAACCAGAGGCCUAUUCUGGACAUAAUUAGAGAUAACAAGAAGAGAAGCCUCCAGAGUGUGGAGCAGUUCUGCAUUCAUCUGAAGAAACUGUUUGUCAUGGAGCUGGUCGUCUUGUGCACCCAUUCCAAGCUGAAGGGGAACGGGAAAGAGGAGAAGCUGAUGGAAGAGUGGGGAGAGAAGCUCAAGGACGUGAACAGAAAGAUAAAGGAAGUCAUAGACGACUGCACUGACAACUUCGCCGUGCAGGCCAGGAGUGACAUGGAGGGGCUGCUGCAAGGGGGGGGGGCCGACAAGGACGAUGAGGAGCUUCCCAAGCAGCUCCUGUCCUUCCUGGAGAAGAAGUAUAACUGGGUCUCGUGGUCAGUGCGAAUCUUUAACCCCUCAGAAAGUAGGAUCUGGAAGCUGCUGGCAGGCAACAAGUACACCAGCAUCAGCGGCUGCAACCAUUUUUCUGUGGAGCUUCAAAACAUACAACUGGUCGUGUCCUACUGCCAGCACCCCAAGCCCAUCCCGAAGGAUGACAUUGAAAAACUAGUUGAGACAAUGGGAUGGAGACGGAACACGGCUGGCGUGGUCAAGACCCUCCACCGCCGUUUCCCACGGUACCUUGCUCAUGUGGUCAGCACCGUAAAGAAUGUUAAGGAAGCAAACAACUUUAAGGAUGACCAUUACUAUUUCAAAAAGCACAACGUGGCUUAUAUCUGCAUUCAUUCAGAAUAGUCACUGUCCACAUCGCGUAUCUUCAGACUAGAUCUUCCAUGACAUUUAAGCCAGUAAGUAUUUGAAGCAAGGCUUACCUUUCAACAAAUAAAUCAAAUAUUUUAUGUUGCAUGUAUUACCACAUCUAGCAUUAGAUAAGUAUCAGAAAUUUAGCUAAUUUUAGAAUGCCUUGAUAUAAGCUUUUUUGUCUAGCUUUGGAGGGGUCUUUACUGAGAACUACUUAGAAACAUUUCCCAAAAUGGUUGAGAAUCUGUACAUGAUCUGAUUAUUGUACAUCUGAGUUUUUGUAUUUCUGCCGUUCACAGUAAAUAUCAAGCUUCCUUUAGAUUCUCUUUAUAAUGUGUUGCCAGUAGAAACAGAAUAAAAAAAGUUGAAAAAUGUAUUUUGAUUUUUUUUAUGUGGAAAGUUAUUGCCCUUUCUGAACGAUGUCUUAAACGUUAGCUUUCUUCAAAAUGCAGCAACAUAAUUAAAGUAACUUAUUUAUUUAUAAAGUGCCUUUCCAAACCCAAGGAUGCUGUACAUAACGCUAGAGAAAAAUAACAAAAAUGUUCAAUAAAAAGUUCACAAAAAAAUCCAACAAGAACAUACGAGAUCGAAUGUAGGGCAACCAGACAUACAGCAGACGCUAGUAAAAGGGUGAGUUUUGAGUUUAGAUUUGAAGAGUCAAAAAAUCUCUCUCUAAGAGUCAGAGGAAGGGCAUUCCAUAACACUGGAGCAGCAACAAAAAAGUCAAGUCACCAAAAAUCCACAAUUUAGUCCUGGGUAUAGUGAGCAAAUGACCAGCCCCAGCUGAACAGAGCACCUUUCCAAACAUGAGGAUGCUGUACUGCA